CUCCCCCUUGGCGGGCGCUCACAGGCCGCGCGGGCAGCGCGAGCCCUGGAGCCCCGGCGGCCUCUGCGCCCCGAGCCGGCAUGGACCCCGAGCGCUGCGCGCCUUUCGGCGUGGGGCCGGGGCCCGGGCCCGACCUCUAUGCAGCCGCCGGGGAUGAGCCUCAGGACGCCCAGGGGACCUCCGCCACCGCGCCUCACCUGCACCCCGCGCCGCCCCGGGGCCCGCGACUGACCCGCUUUCCGGCCUGCGGGCCCCUGGAGCCCUACCUCCCAGAGCCGGCCAAGCCGCCCACCAAGUACCUGCAGGACCUGGGGCCCGGCCCGGCGCUCAACGGCGGCCACUUCUACGAGGGCCCCGCGGAAGCUGAGGAGAAGGCCUCCAAAGCCGCCAGCUUCCCCCAGCUGCCCUUGGACUGCCGCGGGGGCCCCAGAGACGGGCCCUCUACCAUGCAAGGCUCCCCGGGCCCUUGCCUGGCCGGCCUGCGCAUCCCUCUGUCCCCGGGACUCCCCGACUCCAUGGAGUUGGCCAAGAACAAGAGCAAGAAGCGCCGCAACCGCACGACCUUCAGCACCUUCCAGCUGGAGGAGCUGGAGAAAGUCUUCCAGAAAACCCACUACCCUGACGUGUACGCCCGGGAGCAGCUGGCUCUGCGCACGGACCUCACCGAGGCCCGAGUACAGGUCUGGUUCCAGAACCGCAGAGCCAAGUGGCGGAAGCGGGAGCGUUACGGGAAGGUCCAGGAGGGGCGGAACCCCUUCACGUCUGCCUAUGACAUCUCUGCGCUGCCCCGAACAGACAGCCACCCCCAGCUGCAGAGCGCCCUGUGGCCCGGCCCAGGGUCUGGGAGCCCGGCUGGGCCCUGCCUCGUGUCUCCGGAGGGCAUCCCCGCCCCGUGCAUGUCUCCGUACUCCCACUCGCACGGGAACGUGGCCGGCUUCGUGGGGGUGCCAGCCUCCCCCGGAGCCCACCCCGGCAUCUACUCCCUCCACAGCUUUUCCCCUGCCCUGGGGGACCACAGCUUUGACACCUCCCCGGACGCCGACUACAAGUCCCCCAGCCUCGUGUCGCUCAGGGUGAAGCCCAAGGAGCCACCCAGCCUGCUGAACUGGACCACGUGAUGAUGAUGUGUGUGGACACGCAGACUCAGCUGCCACCCCCGUCCUGCUCCUGGCUGCUCCCGCCCACCCUGGACCGGACGCCAGAGAGAACGCACCUCGGCCCCCCGGCCCCGGUGGCUCCCAGGGGCAGGCGGAGCAGCUGGGACCCUCGCCUCCCGCCAGAAUAAGGCGGGGCUGCCCAGGAGGAGAGGGGGCUUCUCCCCCCCCCCCACCACAUUGGGUCCCCUCACCCAAACGCUGGGCUGGAGCUGCCGCCCUGCUUCCUUCCGACCUCAUCCAAGGCCCACUGUUGUCCCUCCCACUGACGCAGCUUCGUGGGCUCCUCACUGUCGGAUGCAGGAGAACGGGAGGAGGACGCAGGUUGAGCCAGGAGUUGUUCUUGUGACUCAGGGGAAACCGGAACCUUCGGAGGUUUCCCUGCGGGGGCCUCACUCCCUCCUCCCACCACCAGAGGGCGCUCACCAGGGCCUGAAGCUGGAGGUCAAAGGCACCAGGCCUCCCCUUCUCCCCUGUACCCGCCCCACCCGCGCCCCCACAUGCUGUGGAGUCCUCUCCACCCCGAGGGGCAGGAAUUCCACCAGAAACCACCAAAUAUUUGGAUUCUCCUCCAUGGGACCAGGCCAGAGAUAUGCCAUGGGAACCCUGGACUCACUUGGUUUACUCACUGGGCGUUGGUAAGCAUAAAACAGAUUCCCAGCCUCUGACCCCGAGAUCCCAACCCCCCCUUUUGUAAACAUGCUUUUGUAAAAAAAAAAAAAGUGCUGCCCAGCAUAACAAUAAAGG